CCGUAGGACUACUAAAACUAACACCUAGCAAGUUAGCAGUCUAAUGCCUGCCGUCCGGUCAUGCAUGGGCGGCAAUGGGGAUCCGCUGUGUUUGCCGAUCCCGGCACCUUAUGCUUAUUGGCAGAUAUUAAUAUUCCGUGGGCUGCUGGGAGUAUGGGGUAAGCGAUCUGAUUACUGCUUGGCCGCGCAUGGCAGGCUGGCACAUCUGCAUCCUGAAUCCUGAUGCCUGUUGCGUUUCGCUUUGCUGGGGUUUCGGUAUGUUUUGUGUUUUGUUUCGUCGAUCCACGGAUGGCUGGCCGGUGGUACUCCGUCUACGGCCGAGAUCUAAAGUCCACCGCAUCGCAGCCUCGCGAUCUUAACCAUGGGACGGACGGUGGAAGAGGCGUACAGCCACGCGCAAUGCAUCCAGAGAACCAUCAACAAACACCCCAGUACAUAACCCAUUGCGAACACCCCUUUGCCCGGUCGCUGUCCGCCAUCCGGAAUCUUCUCACCUCCUCGUCAUCUGGGUUCGUCAUCAGCGCUUGAGCCACCGUUGAUUUGCUCCACCUGAUCGGCCUCGACACUCGAUAUGACAGCUGUCGCUGAACGAUUCACGCAC